AUGCCUUUGCUACCAAGAUCCAAUCGUCUAAGGGUGGAAAUCCACCUGUCGAAUGAGACCCCAGGAUGUGUCGGUACAUAUACGACUGGCGAUCGGAUUCAGGGAACGGUCACCAUCACGGCAGACCAUGAUAUCCCGUUCGAAGAUAUCAGCAUCUCCUUGCGUGGCUCUUCCAAGACGGCUAUGGAACGAGUAUCAUCCAUACGAGGCGUAAAACGCGCCCGUCAUAACUUCCUCCAACUUGAUCAACCUAUUCACAACGCCAACUUACUUUCUCCCCGAAUCUUCCAAGCUGGUUGUUUAUAUGUGUUUCCGUUUACUUUUUCUAUCCCGGGAUCCCUCGUUCCUCAAUCAUGCUUUCAUCCCACGGCCAGCCCCCUCGUGCAAAGAUCUCACCUGUUGCUCCCGCCCACCUUGGGAGAUGCAAUGGUCACCAGUGAAGGUCGAAACUUGCCGGAUGAUAUGUGUCCCGACGCAUGCCAGAUCGUAUAUCUCAUUCAAGUCUCCAUCACCGACAGCAGUGACAUACCAACCGAUUCGCCCAAAACGUUAGCCCUGGUCGGGAAGAAACUACGCAUCCUGCCGGCCUUUGACGAGCAGCCUCCCCUGAACAUUGCCGAAGACGACGAAUACUAUCGCUUCCACACAGUCUCCUAUGUAAAAAGGGGCCUAUUGAGAGAAAAAGUUGGCCGUCUGGAAGUGACUGCAUCUCAACCCAUUGCCCUUAAGCUACCGAGGCCAGGGUCCUCCUCUGAUGACGCCGAAAUCAGUACAAAGACAACGAUGGCUCUUCGGUUCACUCCAGAGGGGGAUGAAAAGCCACCUCAGCUCGAGAAUCUCUCCAUCAAACUCAAAGCGUGUACGUUCUUUGCUGCGAAUUACUGGUCCAACACCCCGACAAAUCCUCACGGGUUGGUCCUUCCCCCGAGUGACGAAGCCGUUUAUACCAAAACCGUACCCGUCCUAUCCAGUUCCGUCUCAUCCGUGCAAUGGACCCCAGUACCUGACGAGAAAAUGUCCUGUCGAGACUCAAGAACAUCGACAGAAUCAACGGCCGCUACCGCGAAAACCUAUUAUACCGCGUCAAUCACAGCGCCCAUAAUCCUACCCAGGCACAAGACUUACGUCCCGACAUUCCAUUCCUGCCUGAUCUCGCGCGUCUACUCGCUCGACCUGAAGCUCUCCUACCAUGCCCCGAAUACGCAUCUGUUGAGCGAAUCUACUUCGCUAAGACUCCCGCUUCAAAUAUGCUCACCAUACUCCGCGACAGAGCACACCGGGGUGACUGUCAGUCUCGCCCUAGAAAAUAUGAAAGAUGAAUAUCCUUUAAAUUCUAUCGACUUCCCGCCCCAGCAUGUCCGCUAUUUUGAGCCUAUUAUUGUGUCUCUUACGCCUUCGGAACACUCGGGUGCCUCGACUGCCGCUAUUACAGGUGAUAAUUGA